AUGUACGAAGAAAUGGCGGACGCCCAAGGCAACCUCUCUGGACCUCAGGCCGCUCAGGACCUCAGGCCCGCAGGGCCCCAAGCCGUUGUAGACGAGAUCCAACGGCUCUCCAACGUUGGGCUAUAUGCAAUCCCUGUGCGCAUGUUUUGGAAUAAAAUGGAGGGUAAGAAAGAUGCCAAAUUUCCAUACAAGUACGCGCACAUCACGACACCCGAAUUGUGGAACCGUUUUAUCGAUGAAGCAAAGGAGGAAAGGAAGGACGCCAAUGGCAUUGCGAUUUUGACACAUCCCAGUCGAAUCUUCGUGGUCGAUAUUGACGUGUCCAGCAAAGAUGGAAGAUCACCAGGGAUCCAACUCUGGAACCGACUUGUCGAGAAACAUG